AGCGUUACCAACUUUCCCCCAUCCACCCUCCCCUCUUAAGUGACGCAGCGCCGCGGUAGGAGGCGUACUCUGAGCGGUAGAAGCCGCAGAACUUGAGGCCUGUUUUUCCGUUUCGCGAACCUUUUAGGCACGAUGCCUUCAAUAAAAUUGCAGAGCUCUGAUGGUGAGAUUUUUGAAGUCGAUGUUGAAAUCGCAAAGCAGUCUGUAACCAUCAAAACAAUGUUAGAAGAUCUUGGCAUGGAUGAUGAAGGUGAUGAUGACCCUGUUCCCCUUCCAAAUGUAAAUGCAGCAAUUCUCAAAAAAGUUAUUCAGUGGUGUACCCAUCACAAAGAUGAUCCACCUCCUCCUGAGGAUGAUGAGAAUAAAGAGAAGCGGACAGAUGAUAUUCCUGUUUGGGACCAAGAGUUUCUCAAAGUAGACCAAGGAACACUGUUUGAACUUAUUCUAGCUGCAAAUUACUUGGAUAUCAAAGGAUUGCUGGAUGUCACGUGCAAGACAGUAGCAAACAUGAUUAAAGGCAAAACUCCAGAAGAAAUCAGAAAGACAUUCAACAUCAAAAAUGACUUCACUGAAGAGGAGGAGGCGCAGGUACGCAAGGAGAAUCAGUGGUGUGAAGAAAAGUGAAAUGAUUUACCUGUUCUCAUUGUAACACUGUAAGAAUCGUUCCAAAUAACUAGUUGCACUGCUCUGUUUUAUAAUAGACAAUUUAGCAGCUUAUCAAACUAGCAGCAGGGUGUUUUUUGCUGCAUGUUGUGUCCUGUUUUUUUCUUUUUUUUUUUUGUUAAAGUUCAGUUUCAGGAUCUGAAUCUUACCAUUGUAAUCUUGUGUGACUUUUAAAAUAAUAAAUCUGUGAUGUGUGCGUGCUUUCUAAAUGAAAGGUAGCAUCCAAGUUCUUGGUUUACACAUUCUUCAUCAGUGCUUAUACUUCACCCUUACUCUGUAAAGUAUAUUUGUGUAAUAUUAAAACCAAUGAAUAAAUGUUCAACUUAUUUCUCAGUUACCAAUUGUGGUAAUAUUUAGGAUUCUAUCAAACUUAACUGCAUGGUAAAGAGCAUAUAUAAAAAUGCAUAGGAGUAGUAAUGAGGCGGUCUGCUUUACCUUUCUAUGGCUUCCCUCCCCAAGCCUGCAGCAAUAUAACAAGGGAUAGCUUUUGCAAGACAGACCUCUUCUGGAAGGCAACAGCAUCUGUUCCUUUCUUCCUUUGCAUGUUUGUAAGAUUUUGAGUAAAGGAAUUGUCUCCAAGGUCAUGUGGAUGACCUUUAUUUUUCCUUGCACUGUAGCAGGACCUAUUUCAUGCUAAAGCUCUGAUUUGGUUAAUUCAGGUGCUCUACAAAAGGCCAGGGUGCCCCCCCAAUCAAUUUUAGCUUGGAUAUAAACUUAAUUCAUGGUGUUGUGUUUAAGUGUUCAUUAUAAAUUAAAAACUGUCUGGAAGAACAGGUUAUGACCUUUGUUAAUAAACUGAUUUUAAAGGA